UCCUUCAUCUUCAUCUCUUCUUUUUUUAUCCUUUUCCAGUGAAUCCUUGAAUUGCAAAAUCAAAUGAAAUUUUGAAGUUCUUGAGAUUAUUUAGGGUUUGUUAAUUUGGAAUCGUGGUGCCUAAAAAUUAGGUUUCGAGAUUGUUCUAGAAGUUUCUUGCCAUUUUCUCAUGAAAAUGUUUAUUCUACGAAGUUCGUAGUGUAUAUGGAAAGUUAUUGCCGAUAAUCUCUUAAUACUUGAGGCUUAAGAAAUCUGUGGGUUUUGGUCAUAAAAACCGGUCUAAUCUGUUGUCUUCUUUAGGAAGCUGCAAUUACUUGUUGUCGCGUUAGUUUUGUUUACCUGGGGCUCAAGAAACCAGUGGGUUUUAAUCAUACGAACCGCUCUAAGUUUUUUUGUUCUUGCUUAGGGAGUUGUAAUUAUCCAGGGGCGAGGCAAUCAGCACUUUGUUUUCUGAUUUCUUCAAUUUCGGUUCAAAAUUGUCCAAAAAUGAGUCUGGGUGAUCGAUAUUCUGACGCAAUUUCUUUACCUACCAAACGAAUUAGGAAGAGGAAGUCACGGAGUAGACGAGAUCCAUCGACCGUGGCUGAGACUCUUGCUAAGUGGAAGGCUUAUAAUGAAUGUGUUAAUUCUUGUGAUGAUGGAAGCAAGCCAAUACGUAAAGCUCCAGCGAAAGGAUCUAAGAAGGGAUGUAUGAAAGGUAAAGGUGGACCCAUGAAUUCAAAUUGUAAAUACAGAGGUGUGAGGCAGAGGACUUGGGGGAAAUGGGUUGCGGAGAUUCGUGAGCCGGAUAGAGGUAGUAGGCUGUGGCUUGGUACUUUCUCUAAUGCCAUUGAAGCUGCUCUCGCCUAUGACGAGGCUGCCAGGACCAUGUAUGGCCAGACUGCUCGUUUGAACCUUCCCAACAUUACAAACACACGGCUGCUAGCAGGCUCUGCCUCGGAUUCUUCAACCACCACGUCGACGACAACCACAUCAUCGAACCAAUCUGAUGUCUGUGUGUCUGAGGAGCUUACAAUGACGCCACAACCUGUCCCCCCAGACGUUAAGAUCGAAGGUGAGCCGAGGACCGGGUUCCCGGUUGAUCACGUUGCGACAUCGGCGAUCGAUGCUAAAUUUUGUGACCAAGGCAAUGAUCAGGCAGCUCUGUUAGGGAUUGAAUUUCCCAGUAUGGAUCACUUCCCGAACUUUCAAAUGGACGAAAUGUUCGAGUUGAGGACUAGUGACAUUGCAAUCCCGGUGAGCUUAGAGAAGAAAGUGAAGCAUGAAAGUGUUGAUGGCGAUGACGAAUAUCCCGAUCGGAGCAGUGAUCCAUUCGACAUCCAGGAUGUGCUGCAGGACUUUCAAAUAGAUGAAAUGUUCGAUGUGGAGGAGCUUCUAAGCAUUAUAAAUAGUGAUUCCAUGCAUGAUCAAAGCUUCUUGCAAGGGAAUGUGUAUGAUUCUAACAACAUGGUGCCUCCCCAACCAUCAAGCUCGUCGAAUCAGUUCCGAUACCCCGACGAGAAGCUGCUCGGAAGCCUUCAACACAUGGAGCAACCUCCAGCCGACGUCAAUCAUGGGUUCGAUUUCUUGAAUGAGGGGAGGGAGGAGGAUCUGAAUGCUGCAACAGAUGAUUUCGCAAGAUACUUGAAUUAUGAGAUGGGUGGUUUGGGUUUCUGAAGGGCAAUCUUGGCGAGCUUCAUUUAUUGUGUAAACUAUGUUGGGUAUUGAAGCGGACGAAUUAUUGUGCGUAGGUUUUAGCCAUCAGAUACUUAGUUACUUGUAUAGCUACCUUCAUUAGGUGCAACAGAGUUUUUUCAAUUAGUUUAAUGAAAUUCAUUAUUCUUUGUUUUAUGGAA